AUGGUUGGGCAGGGCCAUGGUGACAGGGAUGGAUGGGAUGUCAGCGUGCAGGUGGUUGACCAGAUUGACACGCUGACAUCCGACCUGCAGCUGGAGGAUGAGAUGACAGACAGUUCCAAAACGGACACGCUCAACAGCAGCUCCAGCAGCACAACAGCUUCCAGCUUGGAGAAAGUCAAGGUGCGGGGCAGCACACCACUCAUCAAGCCGCCUGCACACCCCUCAGCUAUCCUCACCGUGCUGCGGAAGCCAAACCCACCCCCACCUCCACCGCGACUGACACCCGUCAAGUGCGACGAGCCUCCAAGGCUGCCUCCUUCGGCCAAUCCUGUCAAGACUAAUGGGACCCUGCUGCGAAACGGGGGCUUGCCAGUUGGGCCCAACCGCAUCCCAAACGGAGAUAUAUGCUGUAUACCAAACAGUAAUUUGGAGAAAGUUGCAAUGCAGCCUCUGAUGCACAGACCUGAGAAAGAGCGGUGUCCCCAGCCAGGAGCAAGGGAACGGGUACGAUUUAGUGAAAAAGUGCAGUACCAUGGCUGUUGCCCCGACUGUGAUGGUCGGUAUAACAUUAAAAACAGGGAGGUCCACUUGCACAGUGAGCCUGCCCGUGUUGUGGGAAAGCUGCCGCAGCAGUGCCCUCCUCUGCCGCCUCCACCACCUCCGCUGCCUCCAUUUCCUCUGGAAAAUGGAGGGCUGGGGAUAAGUCCCAGUAACAGCUUUCCUCCUCCGAGAUCCGUGACUGUGCCUCCACAGACUGCACCAAAACCCCAGAAGACCAUCCUGAGGAAAUCAACCACUACGACAGUGUGAUGUAUGCCACUUGAAAUAACUCUUUGUUUUUUUCCUAUAUAUAAACAUAAAUAGGUAAUGAGCACUUUCUACUUGAGCAAUAAAAAGACCCAAUGUAUUACUCCCUGUGUCCAGUGAAGUGGCAUAAAAAU